UCAGGGGAAUGCUUCCUUCUUGGACUUCGCCUCUCAGUACCUUAGAGUUAACGCAAGGUUGUUGGCCAAAUACCGUGGCGUUAUACUGAGUUCACAGGCUCGGCCUUCGGCUCCGCCGCCAUCUGGCAGUAUGAGUCGCUCAAGUCGCGUGUCCAGACCUACUUUGAGGAAGCUCGAGCGGACUGGAUGGAUAAAUUGCGGCCGCAGAAGAGAGGCGACUUCAGAAAGCAGAGGUUUUAAACUUGGAGGAGGGCUGGGUGAACUGGACGCAAGGGGGAAUGGAUUCCACAUCUUGUGAGCCACCUCUGCAAAAGUGAUCCUGGCACAAAAGUGGAAUCACUCAAAGGUUAACAGCUGGUGGAAUAACCUGACUGAGGGUCAGCGGACUGUGACAGGCAUUAUAGCUGCAAAUGUCUUUGUAUUCUGUUUGUGGAGACUGCCUGGCAUGCGACGGAUUAUGUUUACAUAUUUCACCUCAAAUCCAUCCUCCAGAGCCCUGUGUUCUCCCAUGCUGCUCUCUACGUUUAGUCACUUCUCCCUGUUCCACAUGGCAGCAAACAUGUAUGUUCUAUGGAGCUUUUCCAGCAGCAUUGUCUCUCUUCUGGGCUGUGAGCAGUUCAUUGCAGUAUAUCUUUCUGCUGGGGUUAUCUCUAGUUUUGUCAGUUAUGUUGCUAAAAUGGCCACAGGAAGGUUUGAACCAUCCCUUGGAGCUUCAGGAGCUAUAAUGACUGUCCUUGCAGCCGUGUGUACGAAGAUGCCAGAAGCAAAACUGGCCAUCAUACUUCUUCCGAUGUUCACAUUUACAGCAGGAAGUGCUUUAAAAGCCAUAAUUGCAUUUGACACUGCAGGGCUUGCUUUAGGCUGGAGACUUUUUGACCAUGCUGCACACCUUGGGGGAGCUCUCUUUGGAAUGUGGUACGUGACUUACGGCCACGAGCUCAUAUGGAAGAACAGAGAACCACUGGUGAAAGCUUGGCAUGAAAUGAGGACAAAGAACACAGGAAAGGGAGGAGGUGGAAGAUCUAACUGAUUCAAGUCCUAGAGAUUCCUUGUGCCCAAAUGCUGUCUUACUUGAAGACAUGGGAUUGAAUUGGUUUUGAAGGUUUUUUUUGCUACUCCACAUUAAGCCUCCAAGGAGCUGAAGUUUCUAAUGUAACAAAAUUAUGUUACAAAAAUGCAUAUCUAUAGAAAAUGAACUCUGACAAAGGUGGAACAAUAAAGGUUUUUAUCCUAUUGCUUUCUGAGGUAACAGUCUGCAUUACCUUUUUAAAGGUGGAAUAAAACAUGUUUUUAAAUUAA